CACACACGCUGCGCCUCCGCGUCCAUAAAAAGCCCCCCCGCCUCGCCGCCAUUCCCGAUCAAAUCCUCUCCUCGAUCUCUCCUGCAAUCCUCAUCACACAGCAAACCCAAACCGCGAGCGGAAUCCUCAGCCUGCUGAGAGAGCCUGAGACCAAGAGGGGGAUUCUUUUUUGGUUAUUGACGAUGGCGCAGCGCGACAAGAAGGAUCAGGAGCCGACGGAGCUCAGGGCGCCGGAGAUCACGCUGUGCGCCAACAGCUGCGGAUUCCCGGGCAACCCGGCCACGCAGAACCUCUGCCAGAACUGCUUCUUGGCGGCCACGGCGUCCACCUCGUCGCCGUCUUCUUUGUCGUCACCGGUGCUCGACAAGCAGCCGCCGAGGCCGGCGGCGCCGCUGGUUGAGCCUCAGGCUCCUCUCCCACCGCCUGUGGAGGAGAUGGCCUCCGCGCUCGCGACGGCGCCGGCGCCGGUCGCCAAGACGUCGGCGGUGAACCGGUGCUCCAGGUGCCGGAAGCGUGUCGGCCUCACCGGGUUCCGGUGCCGGUGCGGCCACCUGUUCUGCGGCGAGCACCGGUACUCCGACCGCCACGGCUGCAGCUACGACUACAAGUCGGCGGCGAGGGACGCCAUCGCCAGGGACAACCCGGUGGUGCGCGCGGCCAAGAUCGUUAGGUUCUGAGAGGCAAACAAAAUUAAAAAAAAAAUCUACUGUUUUAGCAAGAAAUGGAGAAAAAAAUUGGGAAUUGAAGGUGUGGAUGUUAUUAUUAUGCUGUUCUCUUCUCGCAAUUGUUUUUCCCUUUUUAUUCUUUUUAAUUGCAAACGGGAGGAUAAGUGGUGGAAAAGGAAUAGUGUAACAAUAAUGGUGAUGUGAGGUGGUUGAGGGAAAAAGAAUCGAAGAACAAAUGGAUUGGGUGUGUAUUUGUCUCGCACUUUCUGCUCCAUUUUUACAAAAUUAUUCGGCAUAUGGUUAUUGCUCAA